AAAAAUAUAUAUCUUACAUAACUUAAAAUCUUUAGAUAAGAUUAAGUUAAAUUUAAAUUGUUCUUAAUAAAAAUAUAAGUUAAAAUUAAAUUAAACUAGCACUAAAUUACAACAUGCAUAAUAAACUACAAAAAUAAACUGUACUGAUUGGUAAUGGUAACCCUAAUGUCUUUUUUCGUAAUGGCGAAACUUUUGGUUUGUCUGUCAUAUUUAUAUGGAAAAUUAAGAUGUGUUGAUAAAAACUCAAAUAAUAAAUGUUGUUAAAAUUUAAGAAAGCGAUGAAAUUUAUAACUACAGUUUAUAUUUUCAAUUUUUCCUAUAUAAUGGAAAACUAUACGAGGGAAAAGAAAUAUAAUUUCAAUAGGUAUUACCAUUAAUGUAAAGGGGGGAAAGAGACAACAUGACUAAUAUAGAGAUUUUAAACUCUCCAAAAUAAUUAUUUUAAAAAUUGUAUUGUAAAAAAUACUGAAAUAUUAAUAUGAGUGCAGUGUAAAUAUUACAAACUGUUAAAAAAAAAACAAUAUAAAAUAAGUUCUUUUUGCUACAAUUUAAGUGAUAAUUGUGUGUCUAAGAACUUAAUAAGGUUCAGUUAUGAGUUUAGACAUGAAUUGUGAUAGACUGACUAUUAAAAAUAUUUUAUUCACCAAAGCUUUACCAAACUACACAAUACCUGUAGCAACAGAUGGCUAUAAAAUAUUCCCUUGUACAGAUUGUGGAGAUAAAUUUCUCUUUGAGUCCAGCUAUAAUGAUCACAUAAACCGGAAAUCUUUGAAGAUCACAUAUUUUUGUCGAUACUGCAAUAAAAUUAUAAUUAACAAGAAUCGAUGCAGGUUGUUAUCUCACAUCAGAUCCCAUGCUUUUAAGACGGCUACAAUAAAUGUUAGUGACAUUAAUAUUGAACUCCUGCCAAUUCAGGAUAUUAAUUGGACGCUACCAAACAAUUCCCUAGUUGAUGUUCAGACAACAGUUAAAAACAACUGCAAUAUAUGUUAUGAAUGCAGAGAAAUUAUAAAUAGAUCAGAUAAAAUUCAUUUAGACAGGGCUGCACAUUAUAUGAAAUAUACAAAUAUGGUAUACUCAUGUCCCGUCUGUAUGUUUUCAUUACCUAGUGAAUGUGCUUUAACAGCGCAUUUACGCAUUCAUUUAAGAAUACCUCCUUAUUUUUGCCCAGAAUGUGGCAUUCAUCUCUCUACCAAGAGUAUUUCUUAUCCAUAUAACCAUGAUUGUGAAGGUUUCAAUAUGAUAAGAGCUACUACAAGAGUUAAGUGUAAAAACAAACUCUGUAAUAAAAUUAUUCACCCUAAUGAUUUCAGAAUGCACAUUAAAAAUCACAUGAAAAAAGUUUACAAAUGUCUUUUGUGUUCAGUAUUGUGGUUUAAUGCACCACCUAAAACUAAACACUUUCCGUGUCAAACCAAUGAUAAACUUUUAAGUUGUUUUUCAUGUCAACUAUGUCCAAAUCAACUAUUGGUUAAAAAUGAAGUGAAUAAACAUUUGAAUUUUCAUUAUAAACAUUUAACAGAACAAAACCUAAAUCAUGUAUAUCCAUGUUUGUCUUGUAAUUACAUAUGCUAUGAAUUGCUGAAUUUAAUUAACCACUAUAUACAUAGACAUGCAUCCAGUGAAAUGAAAAAAUUGUUACAAAGAAUAUUUCAUGAAAAUAGCUCCAAAACUAACAAAGGAUAUUAUCGCGUAGUUAAAAAAUGUGAUAAAUGUUUGAGAAGUUUCGUAUAUAGAUGUGAGUAUGAAAGUAUAAAAAUUCUACCAAAUGAGUGCCCUUAUAAGUGUUCUCCAAAUAAGAUUACCUGCAUUCAGAAGGAAACAAAUGAAAAUCUUCAAAUUGUGUGUUUUCUAUGUAAGAGUAAAAUAAGUGAAAAUUGGAAUGAUAUUAAAAAUCACUUUGCCACUUUUCAUAAGGAUCAUAAAUGCUUAGAUCUGAAAGUUAUGUUAACAAAAAUUGAUACAAAUAUUUCUAAUGCGAAAAAAAAGAGAAAGCACUUAAAAGUUAAAAGAAAUAAUAAACAUAGUUUAAAAAAUAACGUAAGCAAAAAAAAUACUGAUGCCAAUAAAAAAAUUCAAAUGCCAUUGCAAUCGUUAAUUGAACAUGGAUCAAUAAAUGGAAGUUUAUGCCACAUAUGCAAUUUCACGUGUGAAGAUAAGCAUACUUUUGAGACUCAUGUAAUUACUCACAGAGACCCAUACAUGGCAUAUCAAUGUCUUGAAUGCGGACAGUGUUUUGUUGUUAAGCCUUCUUUUUCAACACACUUACUAUUAGAACAUAAUAUAGCAGACGUUAAUAAAUAUAUUAAUAAGAAAAAAUGUUAUAAUGAAUCUGCUUUGUUAAAACAACCUAAUAACCCCAAUUUGGAAGAUGAACCAAUUCAAGAAAAUCAAUGUCAAAUUUGUAGAGAUCAGUUUGAAAAUCCUAUUGACUUAGAAAAGCACUUUAGAAUUCACGGCAUGGCGUUUCUAAUGAAGAAUACAAAUAAGAAUAACAGCCCAUAGCAUUCUAUAAUAAAUAAACAAUUAGGUACUUAUAUUAGUUGUAACAUUCUUAUUUCUUAGAUCUAAUAUUUUUUUUUGUUAUAUUAAGCAAAUUUCGAGCAUUCUGUCAACAUUUUUUUUUAUAAUAUAAUUUAAAAAAAUAAAUAAUAUUAUCUAGAAAUUAAGAUUUUUUUUCCAUCAAUAUUUUACUGGCCAUAAAAUCAAUCAUAGGUGUAGUUGACUCACUAUAAUUAUGUAUACUUAUAUUUAAAUAUAUCAUACAAACAAAAAUGGAAUACAACUC